AAGGUUCAGCACUUGCCUACCUUGCAUGAGGCCAUGGGUUUAAUACUUAGCACUACAGAAAAAAUUAAUAGUUACUGAAAGUGGCUCAUAGAGCCUAUUGUGAGACUAAAAGUUUGGAAGUGUUAGGAGAAAGCAUAGGAGUGAAUCUUGGACUCUUAGAUGAAGCAUCAAAAGUAUUGAUGACAAAAGGAAAAAAGUAUAUAAAUUGGACUUCUUCAAAAUUAAAGAGGUUUGUGCUUUACAGAACAUCAUCAAGAAGCCAGGUGUGGCCGUGUACCUCUGAAGUCCCAGCACUCAGAAGGUGGAGACAGGAAGAUCACAUGUUCAAUGACAACAUGGCCUACGCAGUGAGACCCUGUCUCAAGAAAGCAAACAAAAAUAACAUCAUCAAGAAGAAAAUACACCUGACUCCAUCCAUUGACUUCUAUAAGAAAUUAGCCUUGGACUGUUCUGGUCAACAGGUAGCUGUUGACUUAUUCCUUCUCAGUGGACAGUAUUCUGAUUUGGCUUCUCCGGACUUCCUGUCUCUGCCCAAUGUCAACCCAGAUGCCAGGUAUACAGUACAGAUGUCAGCGGAAAAGAGUCUUCCUGACAUGCAGUUGGGUUCUUUUCAGUCAGCACUCUUGUAUACAUCAAGCAAAGGUGAAAGAAGAAUACUAUCCGUACUUUGUGUUUGCCAGUAGUUUCAACUCUGAAUGAAGUCUUUCUGGAAGCUGAUGUUCAAGCAAUUUCAGGGUUAUUGGCCAAUAUGGGUUUUUUCUGAAGCACAUAUUACUGACCAGGUAUUUUGCUUAUUUAUUAUUUUCUUCUCCUUGUAUAGAAUGCAGUCUGACAUAACCAUAGGGCUUUUAUCUUUUUCAUUCACUACUUUGUUCCAGCACCUAAACAGUUCCCUGCAUAAUAGCUGGGGAUGUGGCUCAAGUGGUAGAGUGCAAAGGCCUAAGUUCAAACCACAGUACUGCCAAAACAAUAAACAAAAAUCCAAAACAAACAUAAUAGACACUCAUUAAAUAUUUUUAAUGUGUACUUGGAGCUUUGCUUCUUUCAUUUCCCGUAGUACUUGCCUCCUUCUUAGUGACUGUCCACAUACUAAUUUCAAAAAUCAUACAGCUUUUUGUUUUUUCAUUCAAUGACACUUGUUGGAAGCACAGUAGGAGACUACAUGCAGCUCUGAAUGCCUCAUGGGUAGUUGGGAAUUUUAGAAAGAGUAAGGUGGGGUUGAUGGAUAGAAAAUUACUAAUAGGUACCAUCAAGAUUACCAAGGACUAUUGGCACACCCGUGUGAUGCCAGCAUUUGGUCUGCUGAGGCAGGAUGAUUGUGAGUUCAAGACCAGCCUGGGAUACCUAUUGAGACACUGUCUCAAAGGAACAGAAAAAAAAAAGAGUAAAGGGGCUUCUUGCUAACAAGAUUCUUAUGAAGAUAGUCCAGGGUAAUUAGACAUCAGCUGGGGGAUGAUGGAGAAUGAUGAACCUGAUGAGUUGUAGAGAGUGAUCAGAUAUUGAGGGUGGGGGUUCUUGCUAAAACUGGAUUUUAUAAGAAAGGUCACAGAUAGGACCAGAGAAAGUUUAGUUUGGUAGGCUGAGUCAUGGUGGUGCAUGCCUAUAAUAAAAGGCAGAGGCAGAUAUCAGGAAGAUCAAGAUUUGAGGCUAGCUGGGAAAAAGUUGGUGAGAUCCCUUCUCAACACACAAGCUGGGCAUGAUUGUGCACCCCUGUGAUCCCAGCUAUGCAUGAGGCAUAUUUAGGAGGAUUGCUGCCAAGGCCAGCUGGGGCAGAAUAGUGCAAAAGGACCGGUGGUGUAGCUCAAGUGGUAAAGCACCUGCUUAGCAAGGGUAAGACCCUGAGUUCAAACGCCAGUACUAGGAAGAAAGAAAGAAAAAGAAGGAAGGACAUAAAAAAGGAAGGAAAAGCAAAAACAGAGAAAGGAAGAGAGUUGGUUUCGUCAGGCAGAGAGUGUGUAACAGGACACAGGAAGUUCAGUGCCCAGGCCCUGUCCCCAUAGCACUGAUGCGCUGCAGCCCUGGGAAGUAGGCGGCUGCACAAGUGCAGGUGCUCAUGGGCAUCAGAAGCCCAGCUGGUUCUGAGGACAGUGACCCAGCAUGGGCACCGCCAGGACACGUGAAGGUGUGUCAGUAUGACACAUGAGCAGUGCUCUCUUGUCCCUCAUAAAUUGCGCUUCCCCCAGGGUUCCUCGUAGUCUUUUAUUUAGCCGGUGCCCUUGCUUUAGUCCUAUCUCAUUCCUGUUUUCUCUGCCUCUUUUACCCCUUUCCGUCCCCUGGAAACCUUUACCUCAAAACUUCAUCAUUCUCCAUGAAGCUAAUACACUAUUUAAAUGUCACUCUUGCUUAUGAACUCUUUUGUACUUAGUAGUCAUCAUUUGUAUUACUACUUUUCAUCAUUGAUUUGCAAGCUUUGGUAUCUUGAUUAGUUUCUCUAAGUGUGGGAGAAACAGAGACAGCCACCACUCAUUAUCAUGCAGCAUUGGUAGAACACUUAGUGGAUACCAUAGCCCGUCAUGUGUGCCUUUGUCAUCUGCUACGUACUGACGUCCUUCCUGUGAUACUGCUUAGAUUGUUACAUCACUGUCACUAUGUCAUGGUAGAUAGUAGACCUAUUUUAUGAUGAGGAAACAUAUAAGAUAGCUUUGCCAUGGUCAGUUCAUUAACUGCUCCAGACUUUUAGGUGACACUGUAGACACAAGUUAAUACACGUAUAUGACUUCUUAGAAUAUUUUUUGAAACAAUAAUUCAUAGUAAAUUUGGAAAUUCUGUCUGACAUUUACAAAAUUCUGUACUUUUUAAAUGUCUUCUUUUGGUGGGCACGGGGUU